CGUCAGCGGGACCGAUUCCCUGCGUCUGCCAGUCCCACCACAGAUUCAUCUGGGAUCCUCAAACAGACGAGCCCAUAGAGACGCGGGAUCAAGGCAGCUGAUUAGGGCCAAUUGCCUGCUUCGGGGACUGCCAGCCCUUUCAGGCCUGGCAACGGGGGAGGGCGGGGGAAGACAAACCCAGAGCUACUGCAGGAAGACGCUGAAGCAAGAGCGACACUCACCACCCCCUUGUCCCCCCCCGCCCCCCCCCCCAUCUUGCAGCACAGCCUUUGAAAGCUGCUCCCCCAUCUGAAUGGAAACUCGGAGCCGCCGGGUGGCGCGUUCCUUCUCACCCAGCCUUGCAAUCCAUGUCGAGGGGAAGACGGUGCGAACCCACGCCAGCGCCCAGCUCCCGGGACAGGGCCAGCAAUGCCACUGAGCAGAACUUGACCGAGCCCCUUCCUCACUGCUAGUUGAAGCAAUGCUGCACGGCACAGCCAGCGCUUUUCCGGAUCUCCUUCAAGCUGAAGACUACCCACCCGUGCAGACAGCCCCAACCCUGUGAGUGCCUCGCCUUGGGUCCUCGCUCCGGCUGCUUGGCGGCGGCGCGAAGGGCAACAAACGGGCCGCCCGCGCCGGGGCGCACUGCACCAGCGGCUUGGACUUGGUGGAUGUGUAUGCAUGAGUUCUGCACCGAAUGGGCGCAAAAAGCGCCCCAGCCGACCCACCCGCUCCUCGAUCUUUCAGAUCAGCAAGCCCCAGCUGCAGAGCGGGGAGUGGGAACGCAGGGGCAGCGGCUCCGAGAGCGCCCACAAAACCCAGCGAGCCCUGGACGACUGCAAGAUGCUCGUCCAGGAGUUCAACACGCAAGUGGCCCUGUACCGAGAAUUGGUCAUUUCUAUUGGGGAUGUCUCGGUCAGCUGCCCCUCACUCCGGGCGGAAAUGCACAAGACAAGAACCAAAGGCUGUGAAAUGGCCCGUCAGGCACACCAAAAACUUGCUGCCAUCUCAGGCCCGGAAGAUGGUGAAAUCCAUCCAGAAAUCUGUCGGCUUUAUAUCCAGCUGCAGUGCUGCUUAGAAAUGUACACAACAGAGAUGCUAAAAUCCAUAUGCCUGCUGGGGUCUCUUCAGUUUCAUCGAAAAGGAAAGGAGCCUGGCGGGGGAACCAAGAGCUUGGAUAGCAAAAUUGAAGAGAGUGCUGAAACACCUGCUCUAGAGGACUCCGCAUCAUCCCCCGUAGAUAUUCAGCAACAUUGCUGGCAGGUUUCCACAGACAUUGAGAACACUGAAAGAGACAUGCGAGAAAUGAAAAACCUUUUAAGCAAACUCAGGGAAACUAUGCCUUUACCACUGAAAAAUCAAGAUGACAGCAGCCUUCUAAAUUUAACUUCCUACCCCUUGGUUAGAAGACGGAAGAGAAGGUUCUUUGGGCUAUGUUGUCUCGUCUCAAGCUAGACAAUUUCACCUGGAACCCACCACUGGGGAGACCUGAAAAAAAAUCACAGAAGCCAAGGACCUCCAGACAGCGGAACCACAGUUACUGGUUUUGACUAGGUUUUCUAUGCUUCUUCAUUACUUUUAUCCGCCUCCCCUGCCCUUUUAAAUGAUUUUACAUUUGAAAGUAGCUGCUGUCAAGGAAAAAAAAACCACAGAAUCAAAAAGCAGGCUGUUUUUAAAAGGAUUUUUAAAUCUGACAUUGUGCAUGUCUGCUUCAAACCAUACCAUGACAGAUGUAAGAAUUAUGAUUUUUAAAUUACUUAAAGGUUUUUUUAAUGUAUUAUACAGAAAAACAUUAUUUCAUGUAUAAUAGUAUAUCUAUAGCUCUUGCUGAUCUCAUGUUAACAAUUGAUCAUAUAUGGAAGAAGUCUUUAAACAUAGAAAUCUAUUUAAAACUGAAAAACUGUUAAAAAUCCAAUAUAUCAAUAUCAUUAGAAAUAAUAUUAUAAUCAAACAUACCACCUCACUAUUGCUUUCUCUGCUUUCAUUUACAUUUAGUCUUCCAUUCUGUCAGAAUCUAAGAGCUUCAACAGAAAAAAUAUCUUAAUUUGUAAUGCACAAAAACCAUAUAUGAAAAGUAUUUAAAUUUUGUAAAUACACAAUAAUCCUAAAACCUUCAUACAACGCAUACAGGCAACUAAUUUCCUUUUGAUCCAAUGGUGUCUUUUUCAGCUUCUUGGAGAAUGAAGUAAUCCAGUUAGGAAAUGGUGUAGUAACAUAUACAAUUACCCUCAAAUGUAACAUUGAAUAUUAUCACAUUUUGUUCUGAUUGAAAUCUGAAGCAUGAUGUCUGCACAUCAGCAUAGUGUUAACUCUUUUAGGGCAUGCUGGAAUUAGCUCAGAUCGUUAAAAUAUCUAACAUUUUACAUUGUUAAUAAAAUCGUUUUAGUUAAGCUAAGCUUGUCUCAUUUUAGAUGACUAUGCAGAUAUGACUUUUCCAAUGUGUACUUGGUGUCUUAUCUUAUGCUUAGAAUCUUGAAAGCAGGACACAUGAAGCAAUACUAUAUUUUAGAAAGGAGGAAGCCACGUGCUUUGUUUUCCAGGCUUUCUUUUUCUGCUCACAGCUUCGUUGUGAUCUUCCUCCACUAAACUUGUAACAUGGUACAAAUUUUGUUGUAUUUCCCCCUGUUCUUACUUUGGCCCGUUUCCCAGACAGAAUUCCCCAUGGGUUGAGAGAUCAGGCCUUUGGACUUUUCUUGUUUUCCAUUGUCUGAAAAAUUCUAAAGUCUGACAAGAGGCACUAGUGUUUCUUAAAAUGAUGAGCUAGAUGCCUAUAAGUGACUUAUCCAAGAUGUAUCUUUAAUCCCAACCCUAUAAUUUCUCUGUACUUAUGUGCACAGGUGUUUAUAUGUCCACCAAUAUUUUGACCUGAAAACUAAAUAUAUUAAAGCCUUUAGCUUUAGUGAAGAGGAAGACAGGUACAGACAUAUUACUGGAAUAAUUAUAGUAUUAGGUUGAAUUUUAUGAAAUUGCUGAUAUUUGCCCGUUUUGACCUAAAAAUGAGCAAUUUCAUAUAGUUCAAACUAAUAUCUGACAUUGUGGAAACUAUCCUUUGAAUUGCCUUCUAUCUUUUUUGACUGAAAGUGAAAGGAUUGAAUGGUUGGAAGAGAUUUCAAAAGGCUAUGCAGGUCUCUAUUUAGAUCAUACCAGCUGGUUGUUGGCCUGAUUCUUAGAGUCCAAAGUUGUGUUCCAACUGGUAAUUGGUGUGUGAUUAUUAUAGGUCUGUCUGGCUUCAUAUAAAGAAGGACCCUCCAAAAUUAUAUGAGAAAAAUCACAAUUUUCAAAGUCACAUACUUGUAAAACAUUGUGGGAAUAUGCUAUUUAAAGACUCCAUGGGUAUAUAUUCCCCUGCAAAGCAGGUAACCACGCCAGAUUACCUGAUUUUCAUAAAUCAGGCUUGAUUAAAGAUUAAUAUCCUUUCCUGAAUGCGGUUCAUUUUCAUCUUCUGAGGUUAAUUACCUUGAGGUCCAUUGUUUUAGAAAUUGUGAGGUAGCCCAAUUUGGCGCGUUCUGUCUCUGCCCUCUCCCAUUGUCAUACCAUAUUAAACCCACAGCUUCAUUCUAGUUCCUACUAAUCCACGCAGAGUUAGUAACUGAUAAGUUUAACCGUGGUGUUCAGCACUUUUUUCUAAAUGCCUGGCCUAAAUCACUUCUGCUUGGUUAAUUUGUGCUCACUCUAGCCUUAGUCUCAACGUUGAAAGUGACACUUACCUUCUGUGCAAUUGUCCUUUGUACAAUUGAAGACUGUUAAUAAAUUCAGGUCUCACCUCCAUGUUUGGGAGGACUAUAGCAGCAUUUCGUGGAGAUGGGAAUUUGUCUAAUUCCCCAACUAGACUUUCCAUAUCUAAAUAAAUAAAUUCAGCCACUUUAUCUUUUAUUCAUAGUGCCUGUUUCCCAGCCUUUGAUCAGUUUUGUAGUUCCCGUAGACACACUCCAAGAUUUAUGGACUUUUUUUUCACUAGUAGGUCCUAAAAUUAAAUUUAGUGCUCAAAGUCUUGAUAACCUACACUGACUCAUAGUUGCAGUAGGUAAUUUAGUAUCUCCCAUUAGGCCACUGUUGAUGCUACUCUCCUCUCACCUACCAAAGGACUUUCUCAGGUGUAGUUCCAUGAGAUAAGAGUUCUACUGUCUCAGCUUUCUGCUAGUACUUUGCUUUUAGAUUAGCAAUAACACUGAGCUAAUCUCUAGGGGUAAGGAGAGACACUGAACCCAUUUUGUUGCAUGUACUCACAUGCUUGAAAGAGAAAAGGAUGUGAACUUUUUCUGGCACACAAUCAUCCAUGUUACCACCAUAUUUUUAAUACCCCAUGUUGAUUUUUUUUUUCCAGAUUACAGAGACAAUACAUGUUCUUUGUGGGAAAUCUGAAAAAUACUACCAAGUAUAAAGAAAAUAAAAGUCACCUGACUCCCACCACAAUUACUUUGUUUAAAACCACAUUUCCAGGCUUUAAAUCAGUCAGUGGUGGGGCCCAGAGGCACUUUAGGGUAAGGUUUGUAAAGAAAUGCCCACAAGGCCAAGGUGUCGCUU